AUGUCGUGCUCGUGUGUUCUAUUUUUAUCCGUGCUGCCGGCCGCUGUUGUGUACAGUCUGCUCUACGUCCCGCCCCGGUGGACGAGAGUCUGCCAGACCAACGAAUCCCGUCCAGCCGACUCGGCAGGAACUCACCUCAACCUGACCCUGACAUGCGCCAUCACGCCUAAAGACUUCCCGUGGAAACUAAUGGACCUCCGUGUUUGGAUUAUGACGAGCCGCAUUAACGCAAUGACCGGCGCCAACAACCGAACAGUUCACUACCACAUCCAAGUUACCUGUCAAUCAGGUGCGAACGUCUCCGUGCCAUGGCCGAUGAAGGUACCUGGUCUCAGAGAACUCAGAAUCUAUUAUUGCGUUCUUUUAGACAGGUACGCUAAUUACUAUGACACAGUCGAUCCGACUUUACCGGAUGAGCUACGGGUGUUGGAAAUUCAUCAUUCGCGAUGGGCGAUCUCGAUGAGAAACAUCGUUCUGGAGAAUUCUAUGGGCGGUAUAAACAUCAGCGACGAGUACGACUGCGGUCAGGCCAGGAGUCUGGAGAUCAUCAUCAACAGAAACGUGUCUGAUUUUUUACCGGACGAUUUGCUGCUCGGGGUUAAGAAAAACACAACCGCGGCGCCCAAACUCGAGAAACAGCUCAGCGACUUUUUUUCCGAGCCGGUCGACGAGGCCGGAAAUUCCGGCACGGUGAAACCGGAAACGCGGUUGAUCAAAGACGCGGAGAAAGUCGUGUCGGAUCAGGUGAACCUGAACGCCGACGCCUCCAAGUCUAAACAACCGUCGCCUAGCAACCAGGUAAUCAACGAGACCUUGUCCAGGCAAGCCAAAGCGGAUUUUCUGGAACUGCUGAAGAAAUCCGUGAACACGAAAACGAAAUGCAACUACACGAAGCUGCGAGUUCUGGAAGAAAGCCAGGCCUCGCUGACGCCGAGCGAGUUCUUCGAGUUCCUGGUCCAGACAUCUGACCACCCCGUCUUGGAGGUCAUGAACUACUCCUACAUCGGCAUGACGGAAGUGCCCAGAGAACUCUCCCAAUGGCGGAGGUUCUUCCCCAGGUUAAAAUACCUCGACAUCUCGCAUAAUAAAAUCAGCAGGUUAGACGUCAAAAACUAUCCGUCUGAACCCAACUCGGGGGUCGUGACCUUUGACCUCCACAGCAAUAAUUUCACCACGAUUAACAUGGACGAGAUCAAAUCUUGGGCCAACGUUGAAAAUUUUUUCGUCGAUAUCAGAAACAACCCGAUCCACUGCGACUGUGAGUUAGCUAGUUUUUUACCCUAUCUUCAACAGGAAUCCACGUUCACCGGUCAGCUUGCGGCGUACGAGUACGUCAAAUUCCUCCAGUGCGCCACCCCUGAGGAUCUAGCAGGCAGGCCGCUCCACACCCUUACCCACUCCUCGCUCAUGUGCGCCGCCUAUGAAACCCACGACGAAGCCCUCAUCGCUCUGGGCGUUUCCCUCGGGAUCCUCCUCAUCCUCAUCAUCGUUUUAAUCCGCUACAAGAUCGAGAUCCGCAUCCUCCUCUACACGCGGCUACACCUGCGCCUACCCUGCGACGCGGAAGACCAGCGCCACAACAAAACCUACGACGCCUUCGUCUCGUACAGCAACGACGACGACACGUGGGUCUUUGAGAAUUUGAUCACCUUUUUAGAAAACCGACCGGUGGUCAAAACACAAUCAGAAGAUGACCCCUCACGUACGAAUGACAAGCAGGACAAGAAAAAGAAACCGGCGUCCGGUUCUUGGCUUGGGGAAAACAAACAGUUCAAGUUGUGUAUACACCAGCGAGAUUUUAUUCCGGGGAAGACAAUCUUCGACAACAUCGUGGACUCGAUCGAGUCGAGUCGACACACCAUCAUCGUGCUGUCGCCGAGUUUCUUGAAGAGCUACUGGGCCAUGGAGGAACUCAGGCAGGCGUACAGGCAGAGUUUGGUGGAGAAAACACGGCAUCUCAUUGUGUUGUUGCUGCAGAAGGUGCCGAAGGAAGAAAUGGACCCGUUGAUCAGACGCUGCUGUAGGACGUUCACCUACCUGGAUGUCAGCGACGCCUUGUUUAGAGACAGGCUCGUCUUCUCCCUCACGACUAAAGACAACAGUGCCAAGAGGAGGGACAGACUGAGAGCAGCCUCCAAGAAACACAAGACCCAGAGCCCGCCCAAGUCAGCCGGCGAGUCCCCCGUCUACGACACCGUGUCCUACUCCUCCAGCAGGCCCCGCCCCGAGCCCAUGCGAGGCCUGUCCGUCACCUCCACCUCCUCCACCCGAGCCCUCAACUCGCCGACCGGCUCGGAGCCGGAUCUGUACGAGAGCAUCUCCAGCCGGCAGCUCAGUCUCCCCACGUCGCAGCCGGGCGCGUACGAAAACAGCGCGUAUUACCCGGCGGAGAUUUCGAACCGGCAGCCGGCUGAGAUUUCAAACCGGCAACCGGUUUCAAACAGGCGGUCGUCGGAGCUGUCUAAUAGACUAGCAGAGGAGAUUAAUCACUCACAGGAACCGGAAAAUAGGAUGGUCGGAUUCUCGAACCGGUCGCCGGAAGAGAACAGCCGGCAUUAUGAACAUUUAAACUGGUCAUCGGAAACCAACGUCCGGCAAUUGUCCCCGCCCCGAGGAAAUUCCCGAGAAUUGUCCCCGCCCCGGGGAAAUUCCCGAGAAUUGUCCCCGCCCCGGGGAAAUUCCCGAGAAUUGUCCUCUCCAUUAGGACAUUCGUACACAUCAGGGUCACCCAUUGAUAAAUAUUGA